CAAAAAAAUCACUAGGUGUGCGACGCGACGCGAUGCUCUCGCGGCCUCAAGUCUAAGCACCCCCGACGACGUCGGCGACCUCACCGCCGGCGAGCCGAUCCACGCCGCCGCCCCAUUUCCCACCUGUGUCGUGCAUGUGAUCUGGCGCCCUCUCCGGAUCCUCUUCUUCCAUGGGAUUGGGGGGCAUGAGAGGCGGCAUCGGGGGAGGGGGCGCCGGCUCGGGCGAGAGGUGGCGGUGGAUCCUCUUCCUCUCGCUGGUCUCCGUCUCCUUCCUCCUCUCGUUCCUCUUCCUCUUCCUCUCCGCCUACUCCUCCCCGACACGCCUCCGCCUCCCUGGGCUCACCACCGCCCGCGCCGCCGCCGGAGUCCGCCGCGGCCCCGACGCGCUCCCCUGCCUCGCCUACCUCCUCAUCGGCGCCCGGGGCGACGGGCACCGCCUCCUACGACUCCUCCUCGCAGUCUACCACCCACGCAACCGCUACAUCCUUCACCUCUCCGCCGACGCCUCCCACGAAGAGCGCCGGGACCUUGCUGCUGGGGUCGCCGCCGCGGCGCCCGCCGCUGUCUCUUUCGACAACGUCGCUCUUGUGGGCACGCCUACCGCGGGGACACCCGUCGGGUCGUCGGGCCUCGCCGGCACGUUACGCGCGGCUGCUGUCCUGCUCCGCCUCCACCCCGACUGGGACUGGUUCCUCACCCUCAACGCCGCCGAUUAUCCCCUCGUCACCCAGGACGAUUUGAUCCAUGCCUUGUCGUAUGUUCCAAGGGAAUUUAACUUCAUUGAUCACACUAGUGACAUUGGACGGAAAGAAUCUGAAAAAGUGCAAUCGAUGAUAGUGGAUGCUGGAAUAUACUUGUCAGGGAGGACCAACUUCUUCCGAGCCACACAGAAACGACCAAGUCCUGAUGCUUUCAAGUUCUUCACAGGUUCUCCAUGGGUUAUUCUGAACCGACGGUUUAUAGAGUACUGUGUUCUUGGUUGGGAGAAUCUUCCUCGGCUUCUUCUCAUGUACUUCAACAAUGUAAUGCUACCUCAGGAAGGAUAUUUCCACUCAGUCAUAUGCAACUCGCUUGACUUCCGUAAUUCCACUGUUAACAAUGACUUGAGGUACAAGGUGUGGGAUGAUCCACCUCAGACAGAGCCCCUUUUUCUCAGCAUGGCACAUUUUAAUAAGAUGGUGGACAGUGGACAGCCUUUUGCAAGGCGGUUUCAAGCGAAUGGACCGUUGCUGGACAAGAUCGAUGAGAAACUACUUAAGCGUCCGGGCCAUGGGCCUGUUCCUGGUGCCUGGUGCGCAGGAAGGAAGAGCUGGUUCAUUGACCCAUGUUCCCAGUGGAGCGACGUGAAUGUUGUGAAACCUGGUCCUCAAGCCUUGAAGUUGCAGCAAUAUAUCAAUUGGACCUUGGAAGAGGCAGAUUCUGGCGCAAAAUCGUGCAGGCUAUAGCUGCAUUUGAUUCCAAUAGCCUCACAUCCUAUGGCUUAAAGCUUCGAGGUUUCCAUUCCAGCAUCAAGGUUCUCUGCUCUAGUGCUUUGCAGAAUAAGCAGCUAUUUCCUCCCUUAACUGAAAUUAGGACUUCUUGCAUAUCGAGUGCUCUUUCUAGACCCCCACCCCCCCUCCCCCCCUUAAUAUUGGCUCCUAAGUUUCAGUUAGGUCUAGGAAUCUAUAUUUGUGGCUCCAUCAUAACAUUGAAGGCACAGAGAUGAGAGCAUGCUAAUUGAACCAUAUUGGUUGUAUUGUAUGAGCUGGUCACUUAUUGAAUGACCUAUGCUGGCGCUGAGUUCAUAUUU